AUGAUAGAGGGUACUGGUUUAAAGCCUCUUAACGUACGUUUUCCGGUGCAAAAUGACAAUAAACAAAGACGGUUUUGCUAUGCUGAUUUUGGCAGUAGCGAAGAUGCCCAAGCUGUGAGAAAUUCACUUCAUGAAAAGCAAAUCGGCAGUUUCUGCGUUCAGGCCGAAAUCUCCAACCCGUCUCUCAAAAGAGACAGACGGAAACCUCCGGUGUCACGGCAAGUCUAUGUUCACAACUUGAACUUCAAAGAAACAGAUGAGAGUCAUCUUCAUGCGUUUUUCUCGAAGUUUGGAGAUGUGGAGUCGGUGAAAAUGCCACUUAGUGCAAAGAACAGAGAUCAAGGUUUACAGAACAACGGGUUUGCGUUUGUGACUUUCAUAACUGAGGCUGGAGCAAAUGAAGCGAUCAAGUUGGGUGGAGCCGAUUUAGAUAACAGGCGGAUCGAGAUAUCAGCCGUUAAGUCGAAACAAAAUGUGCAUAAGGCUACACAUUUUGAUAAAGACGCUACUGUCAGUGUCCACAAUGUCAAUGAGAUCGUCACUGAAGACUGUCUAAAAGCUUUUCUAGAGAGUAAAGUUGGGCCAGUGGCCAAGUCACAACUUUUGCCGAGCCAGAAAGGAGCUUUGGUCCAAUUUACGCUGGUCGCUGAUGCCGGCAAAGCUUCCAUUCUUUUAGACGGUUCAGAGUACGAAGGGAACAUAAUCCAUAUUGGCGAGAUGCUGGACUUUAGUUGGGCAAAAGAGAGCGCAAAAGCAAAAGAAGCGCUUCCUAAAGAUCAAUCUUCGAGCCUGAAACCAAGCAUGGUCCCACCCAUGCUUCUUCGAAAGCGCAGAAUGUAG